AUGAGUUCAUUAAAUAUAAUACAAAACAUAAUCCGAAGAUAAGCAUCUUGAAACCCAAAAUAUGAGUUAUGAUGAUUUUGUAAUAAAAUCGAAAUAUUACUCACUCACUUUCUUGUUUGACUCAUAUUUUGGGUUUCAAGAUGCUUAUCUUCGGAUUAUGUUUUGUAUUAUAUUUUUCGAAAUUGUCGGCUGGUAUUGGUUUUUAUGAGUUCAUUGGCGAAGUAAUUUUAAAAAUAAACGUUGUCUAAGCCGAGAAAAUCAAAGUUAAAGUUUAUGUAAAUCAACAUGAAUCUGUAUCACAUAUAUAGAUACGACACGCUUAUGAUUUUUCUUUGUGUUUUCUUCAUGAAUUAUUAAUCAGUUUUUUAAGUUUAAUUACUCCUCCAUCUUUCGCUUUUGGAUAUAAACCCUCCUUCAUGCCUGACAUAUUUUUUGGUUAUCUGCAUCCUUCACUUAGUUCACUAAAAUCAAAAUUUUCUGUUCCAGCUUGCUCAGAAAAUAUUCAAUCUUUCAUAACUGGAGUUAUCUUUGACAUGUAAAAUCACCAGGCAGUACCCUCAGUAAAAAACUUAGCUUUACCUACCUCGAUUUAUUUUUCUAAGGCGCUCGAUUAUGUAAAUUUUCGGCGAAUAAUCAAUAUAUAAAUUUUCUUUGCGUUUCCUCGACGAAAACCCGGCAUGAACAUGCUCGUCGGAAACUCGGUAUUUGUCGUAUUUUACGAAUCUGCAACGUGCUGGUACGCUCACUGCUCACCGAACACGACACGAAAUUUAGAGCUAUAUGAAAGUUGCAUGCCAUAUAUCGCAUGCAACAAAAAUGCGGCAGCUUCUAAACUGAAAAUGUCUUAGCUGAUGGUUCCAAAAAAUGUUCUGCGGACAACAACAAUGGGAAUAUCAGCAUGGUUUAUCGUUGAACAAUCAGACGUCGCCAUUUCCAAGAUGCAGCUUUUAUGACGAGUAACGAUUGUGGAAUUCCUGGAUUUUUUAAAGGAAACUAUGACCGGUUAUUUCAAGUCAGAGGUAGCAUUCGUUGUCUGUUCGGAAAUACAAUUUAUCAAACAAUCAUUGCAGUACAAUCAGCGCCGCACAGAGAAAUUCGGGGGCCCGGAGCAAAUUUUUAAUUCGGGAUUUUUCCCCAAAAAAGUUGUCGAGGGGGGAGGGUUAAAAAUUUUUGCCGAACGACAUAUCAAAUAAAAAAAGGUUGAAAAUUUUUUUUUUCCAGACAAACACCAGUAAAAUUAAGGUUCAAAAAUAUUUCUCCGGACAAAUACCUGUAAAAUCACGGAUAAAACACAUUUUUUCGGACCAAUAGCAGUAAAAUUAGGGUCUAGAAGAUUUUCUCAUAUCAUUACUUAUACAAGUGAUUUUUUUUAAUUACACCUUUUGGGGCCCCCCUUUUUGCAAAUGUUGCAUGGGUCCCCAUUUAACUGUGGCGCCGGGGCAAAUUACCCCAUCCCCCCCCCCCACCACUUCUGGGCGGCCUUGAGUAAAAUACUUAUUAUUUUCAUAUUUUAUUCAUGUAUUUCAGCACCUCAAACAACAACGAGACCUCCUGCACAAGUCACCGGUAAGUUUUAUAUUAAUCUUUCAAUUUUCUUUAUUUGUUUCGUGGAAAAGACUACGUUUUGCAUCUUUGCGCACGAAUUACCCUCACAUGCACUACGAGUAUUAGAGAGUUUUAAUUUACACAUGCAUGCAUUUUUUGCUGCAAUUUUAGCGCGAUUUUGCGAUCUUUACAAAUUAGCCCUCUUGUGCUCGAAUUUGUUUCCAUACUUCUUCUUUCAUUGGCCGUUGCCGAGUGAGAUUGACGUAUUACAUACGAGUUUCAAUUCAAAUACCUAUGAAACGUUUGUCGCAAGCUAUACUCCUGCAAUUGAAAAAAAAUAUUUUUGCCUGUUUCUAUACUUGCACAUAUGGCAUAGCAUCAUGCCUGGCCCAAAGAGUUGCCCGAAGAGCAGGCUGCAGUACUACAGUAGUUAAAAAUGUUCCUUGAGAAUAUCCUGUGCAGAAUGAAAGCCCCCAAAACAACAACAACAACAACAACAACAACAACAACAACAACAACAACAACAACAACAACAACAACAACAACAACAACAACAACAACAACAACAACAACAACAACAACAACAACAACAACAACAACAACAACAACAACAUCAACAACAAUAAUUAAAAAUAGCUGUCCCUAACGAUCCCCAAAUGCACGAUAUGAACUACUGUAUUUGAGUUAGGAUUGAACGUUGGGGCUAGAAUAGGAAUAGACGUAGAGUUAGCGAAAGGUCACAAGAGUAAGCAUGAUGCCAUAGUUAAUACUAGGAUUAAAUGUCAAAUGAGAUUGUUAAUUUAGAAUUGCUCUGUUAAUUUUGAGGUACAAGUACAACAUCAUCAAAUUUGUUCCAAAUUCAAAGUUCAGGCUAUAAUAAAUGCCUGACAGCGAGUUAUGUAAGCCGACGUGGGGUUUACAGAAGAACAUUCAAUGGAAAACGAUACGUGUACUCUUACCAUUAUGUAGUCGCAACUAGUGUAGCGCUAUCAUUGAGCGGCUGCUACAUCUCCAAACAGCAGAGCUGGCGCUGGACAUCAGAUGGACGUCUUCAGUCAGAUUUAAAUCAACAAUGUCUUGCCGUGACCCGUGAUAACGCAGACCACUGGUAUCCACGUAAAAUAUACGGAGCAUCACUGCAACCUUGCAAUUCUACUACGAGCGAUCAAGGUUGGGUCUGUAAUGGUGGUUUUUUAAAACUGAAGAACAAGAAUUUGUACCUUAUACCAUACAUAUACACUGGCAACCCAGAUAUUGGUGGUAUUGUAAUAAGAUCUAGUGUGACCAACAGCUGCCUGUGGGCACGCUAUGGUACUUCGAAAUCACUCUGUGGAAAUGGUAUGUUGGUCUAUAUGUAUAAUACAUAAUGUUUGUGUACUAAGAUAUCCUAAACAUAAUGUUGGCUCUCAUUAUCACCAGCAGCUGAUAUUAUCAAUCAGAACUGACUGAUGAGCUAGCUGAGCCAUAUCUUUGGUUCGAUUUUGUUCAACUAAAUUACUCAAAAGUACCACCGUAGCAAAACGGCUGGUGCUUCCUUUCGCCCGAAGAAAAAUGUCAUAUUUUUAUGCAAAUGCAUUCAGAAAUGUACGGGACUAUAUUCUUGCGCUUGUUGCUAUCAAAGUAGGAAACAAUUAUUAGCCAAGCUCUGCAUAGUUUAUCGUAGAACAAUCAGAUGUUACCAUUCUUAAGAUGUAGAUUUUACGAAUGAGGCAACAUUGUCGAAUUUCUGAAUGUUUUGCAGGAAAAUAUGGCACGUUAUUUUGCAUGACAGGAAACAUCGGCUGUUUUCAUAAUAUAAUGAAAUAAACAUUGCAUUAAUAUAUAUUUAUAUAUUUCAGCACCUCGAACAACACCGACACCUACUGCACAAGUCACUAGUAAGUUUUACGUGAACUUCCUUAUUUAUUUGGUGGAGAAGAACACGUUUACCGUCCCUGAGCCCAAACCCUCACCAGCACAAGUCUUAGAGUCCUUAAGGCACAUUUACAGUGCUUCGGUGCAUUCGUUCGUUCAUUGAUUAAAACUUGCUCUGUUAUAAAUGACUUCGUAAGGGUCUGGGAUAUAAUAAUACUAAUAAUAAUGGGUUUAGUACUCGGGUAAAUUACAUUACAUGACGCUACUUCGGACGGCUCCUUGCAAUGGAUGAACCAUACCGAAUCUUAGUUUGCAG